AUGAUUGGCUAUUUAAAAAAAGAAAAACCAAUUGAACCUGGAUGUAUGUAUCUUUAAAAAAAUAUUUAGCUGAUAAGAUUAUAGUUUCAGGAAAGAUAGAGAGAAAAAUAUUUGAGAAUAUUGAAAUGGAGCCUUAGGAAAAAGAGUAGUUAAAAAAUUUAAAGUAAGCCCUGGUUAACUUUACACCAUUGAGAUUACCUAAAUAGUAUAUAAAAUAAUAUUAGAAUAGAUGGUAAGAUAGUGAUUACUUAAGAAUCCUAGCCUAUUGUGAUUAUGACAUUGCCAAUACCAUUGAAGUACUAUAUAUAGAUUUAAUCAAAAAGGUUUUAAAGCAACAUCUGAGUUGGAGAAACAAAAUUAAUUUAUCACAUACUCCGAAUGAUGUUGUUGUAUAUUUUUUAAUUUGAUCUAAAAGUUAAAUGGGGUUGUUUACAUACAUGGACAUGACAAGAGUUUUAGACCAGUCAUCAUAAUUAACAUAUUUAAAGCACUUAAAGUAAUAUUUUUAUGAUAUUUAAAAAAGUACAAACUUUAAGAUUUUAAAAUGGGUUUUGAUUAUUUAUUCAAUAUGCUAAUUAGAGAUGUUUUAAUAUCUUAUUAUGUUGAAUCAACAAUAAUUUUAAUAGAUAUGGGAAAUUUAAUUUAAUUAUAAUAUCACUUAACAAAUGAAUUGAUGGAUUUUGUAAAGAGUUGUGAAUAAAAUUAUUAUGGGAGAAUUCAUAAAAUUUAUAUUAUUGAAGAUAUUUAUAAUUGUUUGUUCAAUCGAUUAAUUUAAAUCUUAAAACCUGAAUCAUAAGAUAAAAUAAUCUUUCUUUAAAAAAAGGAUCUUUCUUAAUUAACAAAUUAAAUUGAAUAAAAUCAAUUAGAAACUAAAUUUUUAGGUUUUUAAAAUGAUAUUUAAACUUUCUUUUGGUAAAAACAAUAAGUUGUAAUUUAGGCCUCCUAAAGAUCUAUCUCCUGAGAAAACUGAAAAAAAGGAUGAAAUAAAAACAAUUGUAAGUAAUACUGAUGAAAAUAUCUCAAAAUCACAUUUGAUUGUAUAAAGAAAUAGACCUGAAAGUAGUCAAAGUAGUUAGAUUUUUCUUUAAGUUUAUAAUGAAGAAAAAGAAGUAGUCUUAUCUGAGAGUCAUUUAAUAGAAUUAGCUGAUUCUUUAAACAACAUAAUCGAAGAUGUAAAAUAUAUAAAAUAUGUUUUCAAGUCUCCAGAUUCUUAGUUUUAAAUAUCUAACCAUAAUUAUUAUAAAGGUAAUGAUUCUGCUCCAUUAUAAUCAACAACAAUAAAACCUAAAGAUUUGUAAAGGUUGGAAUCAGAAAAUUGGAGUAGUUCAGAAUUAUAAAUGAGUUCAAAUUUAGUUAUAUAACGUCAAAGACGCAAUCCUUGCUGUUAAAGUUCUUCAAUGUGUUAAUUAAUUUGA